GGAUAUUGUCAAUAGCAGAAUUAAAAUGUGCUCACUCAGCUUGCCUGCGGCUCUGCGCACGCUGUUCAUUCAUAAAACAUGCGCAGAACACUGCAUUGCUACAAAAUCAACUUCACUCUGUGAGCAUUCGGGUUACGAAUCGGCAAUAUUUUCAUUAUUGUUUAAAAUAUGAUAAUAUUGUUCCGUUGAACACAGGUACAACUCGUCAUUUUUAAAUUAUUGAAAUUGUGAACAUGUUUAGAUGAUCAUAACAAUUUGAGUUCAAGUGUGUGAGUCAACAAGGAUUUUACAAAGGCAUCAUGGACAACGAACAACCUCAUCAGGAGUUGGUGAAAUGUGUGGUUGUCGGAGAUACAGCGGUAGGGAAGACAAGAUUGAUAUGUGCACGUGCAUGCAACAAACAUGUGUCGCUAUCACAACUGAUGACGACACACGUGCCAACUGUCUGGGCAAUAGACCAAUAUAGGAUUUACAAAGAUGUAUUAGAACGAUCGUGGGAAGUGGUUGACGGUGUGAAUGUUUCGCUAAGAUUGUGGGAUACGUUUGGCGAUCAUGAAAAAGACAGGAGAUUUGCUUACGGAAGAUCUGAUGUCGUUUUACUGUGUUUCUCUAUAACAAAUCCAAUAUCUCUAAGAAAUUGUGGCGCCAUGUGGUAUCCGGAGAUAAGACGAUUUUGUCCAAACACGCCGAUCCUGCUAGUUGGUUGCAAGAAUGAUCUCCGCUAUAUGUAUAGAGAUGAGACGUAUUUAAACUACUGCAAGGACAGAAGCCCGUUUAUAAGGGCACCUAGGAAAAGCGAUCUGGUUAUGCCGGAUCAAGGCAGAGCGUUGGCUCAUGAAUUUGGUAUAUAUUACUAUGAAACCUCAGUUUUCACGUAUUACGGUGUUAACGAAGUAUUCGAAAACGCUAUCAGGGCCGCUCUGAUAGCGAGGAGACAACAAAGAUUCUGGAUGACGAAUUUGAAGCGAGUUCAACGACCUCUACUUCAGGCCCCCUUCAGGCCUCCGCGGCCAUUAGAACCGGAAGUUGUGGUCAUUAACAGUGUGUUCCUCGAAAAUAUGACGACUUUACUACGACAACAGUACUUCUCUGACAUGGUCAUCAUAUGUGGCGCUAAGGGAUUCCCUGUACAUCGCUUCGUUAUGGCCGCUGCGUGUGAAGCGUUUCAUAGAUUGCUCACCACUGACUGUGUUAGUCUAUCAGCUGAGCUAGCUAGAAGCUCAAGCGAAAGCAGUAUGGUAAGCAGUAUGGGCGAGGCUACUACUGGUGAAUUCAACGAGGACACAGAGUAUUUGAUAAGACAAGAUCAAGCAAAACAAAUGAGAGUGUGGGAUCAAAUCAAACGUCGGUCGUCAUGCCAAAUAUUACCUUUGAGUGACAACUGUAAGAAACCCCCGGAUUUAUUCAGGGAGGUCAAUCACCCGGCUAUUAUAUCAAUACGAGUUGUGAAGUGUGACAAAAUCCAACACGCGUCGUCCCAAACACAGACCAUAGUUACAAUGAGCAAACUUAUAUCACAGAACGUUAUGCAAGAGAUCAUAAAUUUCGUAUACACCGGCGUCAUAGACAACGGGGCUUUCAAACAACAGGAAAUCCGCCAAGCGGCCGAGCUUCUUGGGUUCCAUGAAUUGACUAAGCUCAGCCAAUUCAUAUUGGACCAACAUCUAUUGAUGGAUAAGUCCUUCAUGCAUCAGUUUCAUACGCCGCUGCCGCAGAGAAUGCGUGACAUGUGCGUGGAGCAGAAUUUGUUUGCGGAUGUGACCUUUGACCUCGACGAUGGCAUCCACCUAGCUCAUAGAGCUAUGCUCAUGGCCCGCUGUGACCCCAUGAAGGCUAUGUUCCAAGGACAUUUUAGAGAAAGCACGUCUAGAGUUAUAUCUUUUCCAGGUGUAAGGAUGUACGCGUUCCAUAUACUGCUGUGUUAUAUAUAUUCAGAUAAGAUACCGACUGUUGAACCUACACGGAGCUUAGAACUCUUGGAGCUGGCAAAUAGACUUUGCAUGAAUAGACUUGUCAGUUUAGUGGAGGCGAGGGUCAUAGAUCAAUUACAGCAUCAAGAUAGAUUAGGCGAAGACGAUCAAGUCGUAGAAAUAGCGUUGUCACUGUUGGAGCCUGUCAAGUUGCACAACGCCCACAAUUUGUCCGAGUGGUGUACUUGGCGUCUGUGUGGUGCCUACGACAGGGUUUGUCGCGCCAGACACCUCAGUGUAUCAUCAAGAGAAUAUCUAGCCGAUAACCGCUGGCCGCCUGUUUGGUACGUUAAAGAAUUCGACUACUAUCAAAAGUGCGUUGCGGAACAGUCCAAAGAAUUGAAAGAUCUUAGACCGACAACAUUACAAGCGAGUCAACAGACAGGAUGUUUAUGCUUUUCUAGUAAAGUCCGUCGGGAGAGUGGCCCUGACGCCAGCACCGCUCUCUGCCGCACCGAGCCGCAGCAGCCGCCCCUCUGACAUCUGCCUUACUGGAGAUCGCUCCGUGUGGCGGUGCUCCUGCCAGUGUCGAUGUGUUUCAUGAGCACAAUACUGACCAUAUUAGUGCUGUUCCACAUCUACACCUGAAUAAAAUAAACAUUUUUUAAAUUUUUUUGUGAAUUUUACAGUGACCCCGCUACGACCUUGUUCAUGUUAUUUGGCACAAUCUCGGACCUAUCCGUGCGAGUUUUGUUUAAACAUAGUUUCUUCUAAAUAUUGUGAAUUCAAGAAUAUUCCGGCUCUUUUAUUAUCUAUGAUUCUCAAGGAUGACAUUAUUAUAUUAUAAAAUUUAGUAUGUAAUGUAGUGUUAUUGAGAAAUGUUUUUUUUUUCUACUUAUUAUAAAUCAUUUGCACACAUUUAAAGAUCCCAUUAUAGUUAUAGUUAUUGUAGUUUUUUUUUUUAAUAUUAAAUGUAUUGCGUCGAAUAUUUUUGUACCUCCAACGAGUUUAAUAGUUUCGAAUUUUAAAUAUGAUUAUAAAGCAGAAUACAGACGUAAGUAUUUUUAUAUGAUAUUUAGUUUUUAAAUACAAGCAUAGUAAAAAAAAAAUCAAACGAAUCAUAAAAAAACAGGAAUAUUCUAUCGCCAUACAGAUUAUAUUUACACAAAUCCAAAUCGCAAUGUUACCAUACAAGUUUUAAAUCAAAAUAUUUAUGUGUACUGCACUUACUACUGGCAAUAAUUAAGAAAAAAAACGCUAAAUAAUAUAUCUUAAAUUUUGUCGGAUUGCUUAGAACAGUAAGGUUUUGAACAUUCGAUUUUAUACUAUGUAUUUUGUAUUUGUAUGUUUGUUUGUAUGUUUUGUAAAUAGCGUAAUGCUUGAGUUGCUAGGCGAAGUAGUGCAUAGUCUGUGAUAUGUUACUAUCUGAACUGUGAUUAGAAUGGUUUAACCAUUGGAUACCAAACGGAACGUGUGUAGCGGGCUUAAUAUUAAAACACAAAAUAUAAGUUUUUUUUUUUAUUAUUUACCUCGUCAAAAUAGUGACUGUAAAUAAAGGUGGGGAUAUACUUUUAUUCAAAACAAUAACUUCUUUAGGAUUUAAAGAUUCAGUUGUAAGAAAUCAGAUAAAAUGGAUACAAAAAUAAUGAGCAAUUUUAAGCCGGUUACACACGCUGAAAUGCUUGUGAUUUGAUUGUUGAAAUUGAGGUAAAUGUUGAUCAGCUUUGUAAUAAUAUUAUUUUAUAUAAUAACACUAAUUAUUUAUAGCACAUAUGUUUAAGAACUAAUUUAAUUAUACAUACUAUUAUUUUAUAAGUAUAAUGCUCUAUGUAUAAGCGGAAUCAUUUGAAAUGUGAAACCUUUCGUUUAGCCUACGCACAAGGGUGUAUAGCAAUUAAUUCUAGCUCCCAUAUUAGUAUUAUACAUUUUGUUUAAUUAAUCCGAGUGUGAAACUGCUUUUAAUUUUAUUAAUUUAUUUUAUAUCGUAUAGUAAAAUAAUUCAAUUAUUUAUAAAGUAUACAAAAUAGCACACGACCGACAGCGCUGUAUAAAUAUGUAAUUCAAUAAAUUUUCAACACUAAAAUAGUUAUAGAAUACAAAAUUAUUGAUAAGGAUUUCAAAUACAAAAGUCGGAAUUAUUAAAUGUAUUAAAUGACGAUGCACAUUAUUAAUUUUAAAAUAUUGUAUUUUUUCACAUUUUACUUAUUUUGUUGCCAUAUCAAACAAAUACUUAUCGUAAACACUGUGUUUAAAAAAAUCUAAAAAAAAAAAAGUUUAAUUUGUUUAAAAAAAAAAAAACUCUACUAUUGUUUCGAAAGUAAAUUAAUACAAAUUGAUGUAAAAUAGUAAUGAUUGUCGUGAAUUUGUUUAAAAUAUUAAAUUAAACUGUAAACAUUAAAUAUAUACAGUAUUUUGGAAAUGUCAUUGAAACUUUUUUUAAGGAACUCUUCUGAUUUUAUAUUAAGUUAUUCUAGACACAAUAUUUGUAAAAAAAAAAUUAUAAUGUGCAACUGUCUUUCGUCACUAUAAGACUUUGAUAAGGGCUUAAAUAAAAUAUCUUCUAUUUUCUUACACUUUAUUGAAUAAAAAUUCUUAUAUAAAAUUGGCAUUGCACUGAAACAUAGUACUCGUGACCCCCGUCGACGGUAUGUUUACUUUAGAAAAAAUAAUACAUGUCCCGUGAGUCGUCUUGAUUGGUAUAGUUUUUAUAUGUGGGGGUUGUGGUUGUGUGUCAAUAGUAUUGCUUCAAUUAUUAGUGUAACCUAAGAAGUUUAGAUAUCAGUGGUUUAACGAAACCUUGAUGAAUCACUCCUAGCUUAUAGCAUAGUUAAGCACAUUUCCUACUGAUAUCUAUGCUGAGGUAUUUUUAGUCUUAGUAAUAAUAACUAGCAUAAUUAUAAUUACCUAAUGUAUUUUGCCAACCUUCACUGUCGGUCAGACAAUCUGCCAUUUUUUACAUACCCUAGAUUUACUAUGUAAUAAAAUUAUAUGUAACUGAAA